UCUAGUAUGAUUCCUUACUUGACCCGUACGGGUUUUUGAGGUUUCUGAAAUCGGCUGAAAACCCACCCUACGCAAUAAUUUGUUGCGACGUGGUCGGCACAAAAACGAAUAGCAAUAGAAAAACAAGUUCACAAAGUUCACGGGUAUUACUCUAUCUAAUGCUCGAAUUGAACUUUCAGCUAGCUAUGCGCAUAUCACUGUACUUAGCGAGCUCAUUUAGCUUGGGUUCUGCUCUUUCCUACAAAAGGUUAACUAAAAGAUCUUCUGAAACUCAAGUUCAUUGUAAAUCAGCGAAUCCUGAAAAAUUCAUGGCAUUGCCAGUGACGAACUACGAUGAACUGAGACGGAACACGAAGUCUAUGAAACAUAAGAUGGAGCUUUUUCUCAUGAGAUCUCAGCGCGAUUUUUGCAACGCACUUGCGGAACAUGAGCCAGAGGCAAAUUGGAGAGUAGAUAAGUGGGAUCGGAAAAGUGGCGGCGGAGGAAUAAGUUGUGUGAUGCACGAAGGCAAAGUGCUGGAAAAGGCAGGCGUGAACAUCUCAGUUGUUCACGGAGUGCUUCCUGAGAAGGCAGUAGAGUCCAUGAAUUCACGCGGGAAACAAAUAGCAAAAGCACCGGCACCCUUUUUUGCUUGUGGAAUAAGUUCGGUUAUUCACCCUAGAAACCCGUAUGUACCAACUAUACACUUUAACUACAGAUAUUUCGAAGUUGAUGAUGGCAACGGAAAUAUAUUGUCUUGGUUUGGAGGAGGGACCGAUUUGACUCCUUACUAUUUGAAUGAAGAGGAUGCAGUAUUUUUUCACCAGAUGCUAAAAGGUGCUUUAAAGAAGCAUGGUUCCGAUUUGUACCGGAGGUUCAAACAGUGGUGCGAUACCUAUUUUUACCUGCCGCAUCGGGGUGAAACGAGAGGCGUGGGUGGAAUUUUUUUUGACGACAUGAAUCUUUCGGAUGCUGACGAAACUUUUGCUCUUAUUAAAGAUUGCGCUGACGCCACGAUUAAAUCGUAUAUUCCUAUGGUGGACAAGCACAAAAACGCAGGGUACGGUUUAGCAGAGAGAAAUUGGCAGCUGUUGCGUCGUGGCCGAUAUGUUGAAUUUAAUUUGAUUUAUGACCGCGGUACACAGUUUGGUUUGAGGACCCCCGACGCGAGGAUAGAGAGUAUUUUGAUGUCUCUUCCGGGGACUGCUAAGUGGGAAUACAUGCACGAAGUUAAGAAGGGAUCUGAAGAAGAAAAGUUGAUGGAUGUUCUGAAAAAUCCGGUCGACUGGGUGCCACUCGAUUGAAAAUUUCAUUUUUAAACGAAAAUACAAAUAUGAAAGCCAUAAAAAUAAUAAAGAUUAAGAUAAAGGAAGAUUAAAAUUGUUUUCGCAGAGCUUUUGUAUAUUAUUUUGAGCUGUUUUCAGAUACUUAAA